GCACUCACGCACGCACUGCUCUCCCCCCAGUUUUCCUCUGCGUGCGCUUGAGAAGGUUUAUUCGCAGCAGAGCAGGAAAGGGUCCCUGACAAAGGUGCCCUGCCGCUGGGGGUGGAGGAGAAGCACAUCUGUCACCCUUGGAGGAGAGGCUGGAAAAGACCCAGCUCUGCGCCUGCACCGGGGGAUCCCGCACUGGAUGCAUAGGAAGCCAAUCUUCCCUUUUGAUGUGCAGGCAGUGUGUCCCGGAACAUAUGGGCACCAGGAUGUAACAGUAUCUGAGUGCCACCAGAUGGUGAUUUUACAGAUAAAAUCAGCCUGAGAACAAGUUCGAUGAGACAACCAGUCCUUUAGGAAGCCCCCAGAAAGAGUAGAACAUUAUCAAUAAAUUUGAUCGGCAACUGGGAAUUUAGUUGCUGCAUAUUCUAGAUGAAGACUGUACUGAGCCAGGAGGGAGUAAAGAAAUGAACUUGGGGACAAUUCAUCUCCAUGUGGCAUCUCGUCCAUGCGACUCAACUGGGAUUGAAAGAUCCACUCCCAAUAUGGAGUGACUCAUACGGACAACAAUUUGCUGGCUGUCUUCUGGGUGCUCAGUGGAGUCGUUGGCCAGAUUCCCAGUUCUCCUCCAUGUUGCCUUUGCAGAAGGCUAGGUUGGGCUUCUAACCACACAGCCGCUGAGUUCUGAAAGGAAGAGGUUUCACUUUCACGAUUGCAGCAGGAAAUCUAACAUGCUUCCCUGGUGAAAACGACUGAAUUUGGACUAAUGGAAACAAGGAACAGUCAGCUGUUAUCAGAGUACAUGAAGAGGAGGGAAUCAUGAGCCAGAGUUCGCCUUAUAUCUAUUCCUUUUUGGGGCUGUUGCCCUUUUGGAUACUGUGUACAUCCUCCACCAACAAAUGUGUUGUUAGGCAUGAAGCAGCUGACUGCAGUCAUCUGAAGUUGACACAAGUGCCCGAUGACCUCCCAGCAAACAUAACGGUGUUGAAUCUCACCCAUAACCAGCUCAGAAGAUUACCGCCUGACAACUUUACAAGAUAUAGCCAACUUACUACCUUGGAUGGAGGAUUUAACUCCAUCUCAAAACUGGAGCCAGAAUUGUGCCAAAAACUCCCCUUGUUGGAAAUUUUGAACCUCGAACACAAUGAACUCUCUCACCUUUCAGAGCGAACUUUUAUCUUCUGCGUGAAUUUGAUGGAACUCCAUCUAAGGUCCAAUUCAAUCCAGAAAAUUGAAAAUGAUCCCUUCCAAAACCUGAAGAAUUUAAUCAAAUUAGAUCUAUCUCAUAAUGGUUUGUCAUCUACCAAAUUAGGAAGUCAGCUCCAACUGGAAAAUCUCCAAGAGCUCCUGUUAUCAAAUAAUAAAAUUAACAUCCUGAGACGUGAAGAACUGGAUUUCCUUGGCAAUUCUUCUUUGAAGAAAUUAGAAUUGUCAUCAAAUCCAAUUAAAGAGUUCUCUCCAGGGUGUUUUCAUGCAAUUGGAAAACUAUUUGGCCUCUCUCUGAACAAUGCUCAACUGAACCCCAACCUCACAGAGCAGCUUUGUUUAGAACUGUCGAACACGAGCAUUCAGAAUCUAUCGCUGAGCAACACCCAGCUGUACAGAACGAGCAAUAUGACUUUCGUUGGGCUCAAGCACACAAAUCUCACCGUGCUCGAUCUUUCCCACAACAACUUAAAUGUGAUUGAUAAUGGUUCCUUCGUUUGGCUUCCACGUCUAGAAUAUUUCUUCCUGGGGUAUAAUAAUAUAGAACACUUAUUUUCUCACUCCUUGUAUGGGCUUCUCAGUGUGAGAUACUUGGAUUUGAGACGAUCUUUCACCAAACAAAGCACUGCUCUUACUUCGCGUCCCAAGAUCGAUGAUUUUUCCUUUCAGUGGCUAAAAUGUUUGGAGUAUCUUAACAUGGGAGACAACAACUUCCCAGGCAUAAGAAGCAAUAUGUUCACGGGGCUGAUAAAGCUGAAACACUUGAGUCUAUCCGACUCCUUCACAAGCUUGCGAACUUUAACAAAUGAAACAUUUUUGUCACUUGCUCAGUCUCCUUUGGUCACGCUCAACCUAACCAAAAACAAAAUCUCAAAAAUAGAGAGUGGCGCUUUUUCUUGUCUGGGCCACCUUCAGGUACUCGACCUUGGCCUUAAUGAAAUUGGGCAAGAGCUCACAGGCCAAGAAUGGAGAGGUCUAGGAAAUAUCAUUGAAAUCUACCUUUCCUACAACAAAUACCUACAACUGACUCCUGGGUCUUUUGCCCUGGUUCCAAGCCUCCAACGCCUGAUGCUCCGCAGAGUGGCCCUGAGAAAUGUGGACAGUUCUCCUUCACCUUUUCAUUCUCUUCGCAACUUGGUCAUUCUGGAUCUAAGCAACAACAAUAUAGCCAACAUAAAUGAUAAACUGUUGGAGGGUCUUGAGAAACUAGAAAUUCUGGAAUUGCAGCACAACAACUUAGCACGGCUAUGGAAACGUGCAAACCCUAGUGGUCCUGUUUAUUUUCUAAAGGGUCUUUCUCACCUCCACAUUCUUAACUUAGAGUCUAAUGGCUUUGAUGAGAUCCCAGCAGAGGUAUUCAAGGGCUUAUCUGAAUUAAAGAGCAUUGAUUUAGGAUUGAAUAAUUUAAACAUAUUUCCGCUAUCUGUCUUUGAUGAUCAGGCAUCUCUAAAGUCACUGAACCUUCAGAAGAAUCUCAUAACGUCAGUUGAGAAGGAUGUUUUUGGGCCAGCCUUCAGGAACCUGAGUAAUUUAGAUAUGAGCUUUAACCCAUUUGAUUGUACCUGUGAAAGUAUUGCCUGGUUUGUUAAUUGGAUUAAUAGUACCCAUACCAACAUCUCUGACCUGUCAAGCCAUUACCUCUGUAAUACUCCACCUCAAUAUCAUGGUUUCCCGGUGAUGCUUUUUGAUAUAUCAGCCUGCAAAGACAGUGCCCCCUUUGAACUCUUUUUCAUAAUAAAUACCAGUAUCCUUUUGAUUUUCAUCUUUACCGUAUUGCUCAUCCAUUUCGAAGGCUGGAGGAUAUCUUUUUAUUGGAAUGUUUCAGUGCAUCGAGUUCUUGGUUUCAAAGAAAUAGACAGACAGCCAGAGCAGUUUGAAUAUGCAGCAUAUAUAAUUCAUGCCUAUAAAGAUAGAGAUUGGGUCUGGGAGAACUUCUCUCCGAUGGAAGAAAAAGAUCAAACUCUCAGAUUUUGUCUCGAAGAAAGGGACUUUGAGGCAGGUGUCCUUGAACUUGAAUCAAUUGUUAAUAGCAUCAAAAGGAGCAGAAAAACUAUUUUCGUUAUAACGCAGCAUCUAUUAAAAGAUCCAUUGUGUAAAAGAUUCAAGGUGCACCAGGCAGUUCAGCAAGCUGUGGAACAAAAUCUGGAUUCCAUUAUAUUGAUCUUUCUUGAGGAUAUUCCAGAUUAUAAACUGAACCAUGCACUCUGUUUGCGACGAGGGAUGUUUAAAUCUCACUGCAUCUUGAACUGGCCAGUUCAGAAAGAACGGGUAAAUGCCUUUCAUCAUAAAUUGCAAGUAGCGCUUGGAUCCAGAAAUUCAAUACAUUAAAUUUAUUUAAAGACUAAGUUAACAAAGGCGUAACUUUCCCCCACUUAAAGAGUUUCAUAGUAAAUUUAGGUUUUAUUUGAAAAUAAUAUAUAUCUGUUUAUUCAGACUUAGAGAGGUUUCUGAUAAUUAUAUUUGGAGUUUUUUUGGGAUGCACUCAUAGGAAAAUAAGAGAUCAUUGUUUUAGUGGGUACAAUGCUAUUUUGACUGUAAGAGUAAAAUAUAUAUCCUAAUUUUUAAAAGCUUCAUCACAGGAUUUUUUUUUUCAGUUAAAAAGCUUUUAUUUUAGUGGUGCCCACUUCAGUGUUGAUUUUGUUAAGUGUUAAAUUCCAUUUGAACCUACAGACGCAUGGUCAGAAAACGUUUGUAAUUCAUUUUCAUUACUUAGUUAAAAUACAUAUUUUAAUAAAUCCUUGUAUUUCCCUGAUACUUGGGUUUCUGCUGUAGGUGUUAGAAGAAACAAUUCUCUUACUUAAAAGUAUUACAGGAAACAAAAUAAGUAUUAUAGAAAGGCUUGCUUCCUGAAGGUUAAUUAGUAGAUUAGCUUUGUGGUUGUAAAAUAUUGUUUUCUCUUGGCCACAGACUCAGGAGAUGGUCCUGGUCGGAUCAUUUGGUCCUACUGGGACUCUUUGACUCCUGAUCUUGAAAAUUAUGGUGUUGAACAAAAUCUUUAAUAAUCCUAUAUAAUUAGCAAUGAUGACCAUGGUAUAAUACAUUCACGUGAAACGUAUCAUCAUGUCAUAAAAUAGUGUGCUGUGUAUACAUUAGUCCUCUAGAAAGACUAUUAUUUAAAAAUUUAUUUUUGCUUCUACAAUGGAAAGAAUCUAAUUAUUGAAAAUAGACACGAAUAGCGUUUUAAAACCUUUAUAGUUCUGGUAUUCAAAUAAAGGGAGUGUUGAUAUCAUAAAGCUGGGUUAAUUUCUAUAUUAGAAGCACUGGUUUGGUAAAUUUAGGGAGAAUUUGAGCUGUCACAGUUUGGAACUUUGAUUAAAAUAGUAUUGUAUCCUCGGGGCUAAGUCCACAGAAUCCUGGAAAAAGUGAUACUCCCUGUACUGCCGGUUCUGAAAGAGUCUACAGUCCCUCAACAAUGUGAAUGUGUGGAGGACUCAUUUUCACUUCCGUGUUACACAGCAUCCUUGCACACGAGACGCUCGUUCGAUAGCGUUUUUGCUAAGGCGUGUUUUCCGCCUGUGAAAUAAUCUCGUUUUAUUUUGGCAUUGUAAAAUAAAAAUAAAAGAAAGAAAGAAAAGACAGAUUAAAUUAAACUUUUAUGAUGGCAAAAUAAAACCCACAGCCACAGUUUUUCCUGA